AUGCAGAUUAACAAAGAGUAAUUGAAUGACCAAAACCUUUAAGAUUCAAAAAAUAAAAAUUCUCAUACUCUAAUAAAUGGUAUUUGUAAAAAACUACACAAUAUUUGUACUCUAACUUACCAAAUAACAUAUCCAAAUAUAUAAGUUAAAACAAUUAAAAAGAAUCGUUUAGAUGUCAAGAAAAAGAAAAACAAUAAGACAAAAACUUCAAAAACUGAUUCUUAUACAAAUUAAUGCUUUUGUCAGACCUGUUUAGAUAUCAAACUUUUAGAAUAUCUCUCAUAGUUGAAUGUUGUUGAAAAUUUACAGCAUCAGUUAGAAAAAGUUAAGGAGUUGAUUUAUCUUUUUGAUUGA